CAGAAGAAAAGGAGGAAAGAAAGAUUCGGGAAGAAUCGUCUCCUUGCGAUGGCUGAUGAUGACAACUUGCCGUUGCCGGCGACGGAGAUUGUAGAGCAAUUGAUCAGCUCCUUUAUCAAUUCCACAUCUCCGUCUAGAGAAAGAGCUAUUUCCGUUCUUCAUACUCACCAAUGGGAUCUCAGCGCUGCCGUCUCGGCCUUCACUGGAAACAAUGUCGCUGACGCCGCCGCCGCCAAGUCCAAUGUAUUUAACCCUAGCGAUGAACAGCUCCACGGAACCCUCGAUGCUCGAACUCGGAUUUCGAAUCUUCGAAUCGAUAUCCCUGUUUCACCCCACUCUCCGUCCGGUUACAUCCCGCCGGAGUCGUCUCCGUCGCGGUUACGAUUACCGUCUGCAUCGAAUCCUUCAGAUGCGAGAAACCCUUUCAGUUCAGGGCGUGCGGCGGCCGAUAAACCGUGCGAGAGCCAGACGAUUGAACGCCGUCAAAGCGCCGGGAACAUCCGUCCGCCCGCUGAUAUCUCCGGCGGAAAUGACAACGAAGAAGAGCAAAGUGGGACGAUUGUGCAAGAUCCUAAGAAAGAUGAAGAUGGUGAUGACACAGAUGAGGAAUCUGAUGUUGAAACACCUGUAGAACAAUCAUCAAGACCUGGAGAGGUCUGGACGACGACGCAGAUUGUAACUAUCUGGAGGAAUGGUUACACUGUCAAUGACAGUCCGUUAUUUACGCUGGAUAACCCGGCGAAUGCAGAGUUUCUUGAGAGGGUACAGAGCUUGCAUUCCCCACGUGACCUCAACCCAAUGGAUAUGCAGAUCCGUUAUCGUGUCAAACUCAUCAGGCGUCAAGAAGAAUACUUCAAUGUACAUCAGGCGUUUGGAAGAAGGAGACUGAUUAUCCCAUUCCAAGGUGUCGGAAGAACUCUAUCAGGACCACCAGACUCUGCGUCCACUGAGCCACCAGCUUCAUCCGAGUCAAUGGCCACUACACAACGACCACUAUUAAUGAACCGAGUGGUGGAUCCCGCAGCGCCAACAACCUUGAUCCAGCUCAGAUUAGCGGACGGCUGUGUUAUAUUCCGGUUUAAUACUCACCAGACCGUUAGAGACGUCAUAAACGCCGGUUUAAUUGGUGACUCCAGAGACUACCAGUUACUCAUCAUGGGGUCUCCUCCUAAACCGCUGCUUGACUUUGACCAGACCAUCGAAAAGGCUGGCAUCUCCAACUCCGUUCUCAUCCUGAGAUUCUAACUCUUUUUUUCUUUUCUUAAGUACAUAAGAUCAAUUCUUUAAGUACAUUUAGUAAAUAUCAUCAGAAAACUUUUUUUGACCUUUUUUUUUGUAUAGGCUUGGUCUUAUAAGUGUUUGACCCUCAUUUUUGACUAGGACCAACAGUCAACGAUUUGUUUUCCUUGAUUCAUUAUGCCAAUAUAUGGUAAUGCUAUACGUAAAGUUUCAAAUUUUCGUUUCUCAAUUUUGUAAAAACGUUGUAAGAAAAAAAAAAAAUCUGAUUGGAUCAUUUCAAGAAUUGAC